UGCUCUGAUCCCGACGCCGAUCUCCCUGUCCUCCUCGCCCGUCCGGCGGCGACCCGACUGGCGCCUGACGGUUCAUGGAAUACGAGGUCAAAUUCUGCAGCUGCCUAUGCGCGGAGCAGGAGCACAUGCCCUGCUGGCCUGCUCACGACACCGCGUCGUUCGUUCAACGAACCUGCUUCAUCUGUGCGUGUGCGUAGCGAGCAAGCAGCCGCCCGACCCAACUUGGAGUACCAGUAUAUUACCUCAGCUCCCGCUCCUCCGCAGCCUUCUCCUCCUAGAGUCCUAGGCGACCAGCUUGUUCCCUUCGACUGCUGAUCCGAGAGGGUUCUCGUCAUUCGGGGCUAAACUUACAGCCCGGUGAUCUUAAUGAGCUUUGCGAUCCGCAGCUCCGGGCCUGAGCUCUGCUUCUUGAUCCAAGCAUCAUCGUCGUCGUCAGACAUCGAGUUCCCCCGUCCGUUCACGAUGGAUAGGAGGUCGGGAAGGAGGAGCGGGCCUCACCGGAAGGGAGCGGUGGCAGCGCACUGCGCCGAGCGCAAGCCGCAGGGGGCGGGCCACCGGGGGCCUGCGGCGGCGCCGCCCGCGCCGCCGCUGCCGGGGUACUCGUACUUCACGGCGGAGCUGGCGAUGGCGUUCCUCCUCGUGGCCGCGUCGCUGGCGCUCCUGCCGCUCGUCCUGCCGCCGCUGUCGCCGCCGCCGUUCCUGCUGCUGCUCGUGCCCGUGGGCCUGCUCGCCGUGCUCGCCGCGCUCGCGUUCGUCCCGCUCGACGCGCAGAGCCACCUCGUCGGCUCGCUGCGCUGACGCUGCUCCCGCGGGGAGGCUUAGAUUACCAGCGUACAUUAGUACAUAAAUUGCUGCUAAUUAGUAUCAGAUUAGCUAGGAUUUUUGGCUGAAGAAUUUCCAUUGUAACCUGCUGAUCAGAUAAUAAGUUGGAUACGGUCGAGCCAUGUAGCUGCAAUUCAUUCAUUGACUGAUCCCAUGAAUGCGAUCCAAAUGCAGUGGUGAUCUAAUCCCUCCUGUUAUAUAUAAAAAAAAAGUGACCUGAAUGCAGGAAUCAGAUGCCAGAUGAACGAA